GGAUGAGGGAGAACGUACCUGAGGACUUCCGACCAAUGACGGGGGUCCCCCUGCCUCCACAGAUAUUUAAUGAAGAACAUUACUGUGGGGAAGCAGAGUCCUUGGCUGGACUGGAGCAACAGUAGCCGUAUGGUUUUGAUUAGCAGACCACAGUGCCCUCUCCUGUCAUCCUCCAUUCAGCUCUACAGCAGCUUGCCACUGCUCGUCUGGAAAACGUCUUCUCAGACCAAUCAUAGCGCUUUAUUUUGUUGUGAAAGGUAAUCAGAAUGGUAUCAAAUUGACCAAAUGUUGUGUUUUUUGACAAUGUCUUUAAAGUGGUGACCUUGUACUGUUACAAUAGUUCAAGUCAAUGCUGGGCAGUAUCCCAUGUUCAAUAUCAUAUUGAAAUCAAGGUGGAAUGAUUGCCCAAAUACUAGGAAUUUAGUAGAUGAUAAAGACAUGCUUUGCACAUAUGAGAAUAUUUAAUUCAAUGAUAUAUUUUUCAUGUUUGAUAAUAAAAUAGUGUUACUUUACUACUCAGUCUCUCUUAUUCUUACCCACUUUCCUUGUUAUUCUUGUUUAGCUCAAAUUAACAUUGCAAAGAAUACUGUUGUCACAUAAUUGUUUCAGUUCUCCUUACAUUCUAAAUGGAAUGUCACACCACAGAAGGCAGAAGCUGAAAAGCAGGGGCAGUGAGUGUUCUAAUUUUAUUUCUAACAAUGCUUCCUGUUUUUGACAUUUGCUACUCAGAAGCUCAGUACAAUUAGGGACAGCACAUUACCGUGGCUGCUCACCAGUUAGAGAAAUCUGUAGAUAACUUGUAAACCUUCUAUUAGUGGACAGACUAAAGGAACACCAUCUAUUAUAAAAACAGAGUGGUUGUCAUGUUGGGAGAAGCCUUCAUCAGAGUCUUCAGGUACAGGGAAGAGGAUUGUGACCCCCAUUCCACAAAGGCUCAGGAACGUCCACCACAUCCUGCCCCCAAUAUAAUUCUGACCCCAGGUUCAAUGUCAGGAAACAUGGAAGGUCUGGUGCAGUCUGAUCCUAGAGUGACAACCAGGCUCAGUGAUGCCCUCACCAUCCCCAAUAGCCACUGUGACGACUAUGGUGACCUGGAGCUCUAUCGCUCCUGGUGCUGCACCACCUUCUGCAAAGACUACCCCGACCUGCAGCUCAGAGGGGACCAUGUGGGAAACAGGAGCUCAGAGAGCCCGCGGCUGGAGAAUGAGGGGUUCGAAGGACCACUUCUUCAAUCUCAGGACCUGGGAGAGCUGGAGGCCUUGGAACCCACAGGGCCUGUGGAGCCUAGGGUGCAGGUGGAGUCCCAGCCCCUGCAGGAUGAGGGUUGCCUAGUCAUGGACAGCAGCAUCAUCACCCUGAACAGGGAGCCUCUAUCCAAUUCCAUGCUGAACGGCUAUCUGGAGAGUAAGCUGCUGGAGGUGUACAGACAGCACAUGCAGGACAGCCUGGCCCGGGGCAGCUCUCCCCUGGUCCAGACACCUCCCCAGGGCCUGAUACCAGCCCCAGUAAUGAAGCUCAGCCUGCAUCUCUGUCAGGACCACGGCCUGGACUCCAGUACGGCCCAGAGCAUCGUCAUCCACUACCUUAGCACCUACACCGUGGCUAGCUCCCACUUCAGCUCCCCCAACCUGCGCAUCUCCAACCCUGAGCCUAGAAGAAAGCCCAUCUGACUGAAACCAGCAGUAGUUUCACUUUGUCCUCCGACUCUAACAUACUUGAGAAUGGUCUACAGUUUUAGUUUCGUUUUCUCUGUACUGAAUCUGUAUACUUGGUGGUCAGUUGUACUGCAUUCGGUUCAAUAGGUAAAUUAAAUUGAUAGUUUAGGAUGGAGAUCCCUUCAUUUUGUUGAAUUGUUAGAAGAAAUAUCUUUAGAAAAUGCCACAAUGUCCAUAAUAUCUACUUCAUAAAUGCGACCAGUUCCUAUAAUGUAAUACUUGGGAGCCUGAGACAAUCCCCAGCUUUCAAGUUGAAGGACAAAGAGGAGACAAACUGUAAGAUGAAGGAUAACUUAGUCCUUGUAAAGCAUCUUGGUUCUUGUUUCUGAGAAAUGAUUCCUCACAGAUAUUGCAGAUCUGAAAUUAUAUUGUCAUAACCACAGACUAUUACUAAACAGUAAAAAAAUAGCUAUUUUGCUAUCUUGGUUGUCAGAAAGAGUUAGAAAAUAUUGACACCUGCUGUCAUACAUAAACAUUGCAUGUUAACUGCAAGUGUCACAUAACAUUUUGACAAGAAAGCACAUUACACACAUCGGUGUCAGAUCAACAUAUCAAGCUCUGCCAAAUUUGAAACGCUUUUUAAUCUUAGAUGCAACUGACUGAAUCGAAUACAUGAAUAUGCUAAAGCACUGAGCUAUUGCCGUCAUGUCUUGUGGAGAAUAAACUGGCCAUUGGAAUGGGUAGUGAAAUUGACUACACUAAGUGUACAAAACAUUAAGACCUUCCGACUAUUCAGUUGCACCCUCCACCCCCCUUUGCCCUAAGAACAGUCUCAAUUCAUUGGGGCAUGGACUCUACAGGGUGUCGAAUGCAUUCCACAGGGAUGCUGACCCA